GGCUGUUCGCUUUGCGUGACCGCAGCAGGUUGGUCCUGGAGCAGAUGAGCGCAGAAUAUUUAGGCGAAAGCAAGGGGAGGGGGGAGCGCGGGGCAGGAGGAGUACCUCGGCCAAGAAAAUUAUGCAUGCGUUAGGCAAGCUCUGAGAGAAUGGCUGUGGAAGCUCUCCACUGUGGUUUGAAUCCACGGGGUAUUGAUCACUCUGCCCAUGCUGACGGAAUUAAACUGCAAAUUGAAGGCGAAGGUGUAGAAUCUCAAUCCAUUAAAAACAGAACUUUCCAGAAGGUGCCUGACCAAAAAGGAACCCCCAAGAGACUUCAGGGAGAAGCUGAGACAGCAAAGUCAGCUACAGUGAAGCUGUCAAAACCAGUAGCCCUGUGGACCCAGCAGGAUGUCUGCAAGUGGCUGAAGAAACACUGUCCAAAUCAGUAUCAGCUCUACAGUGAGUCAUUCAAACAACAUGACAUAACUGGGCGAGCCCUGCUGAGACUCACAGACAAGAAGCUGGAGCGCAUGGGGAUUGCCCAGGAGAACCAGCGACAGCACAUCCUGCAGCAGGUGCUCCAACUGAAAGUGCGGGAAGAAGUCAGAAACCUGCAGUUACUCACACAAGGGAUUCUGGGAACGUGCAGAGGGGAAGCUUCAGGCCACACUGAAGAGAACAGGAAGGAGGCGGGUGUCACAAGAAGAAAGCUACUAUCCUCGGUGGAGUGUUCUCCAUAAUCAUGCGAGCCUUGCAAGCUGGUGUCCUGUUCCAUAUGAGCAUGGCCUGAUCCCCAGAGAAACACUGACUCAUGGCCCUGCCAGAAGAGAUCCUUGGGGCACUGACAGAUUAAUCGGAUCAACUGAGAAAAUGCCUAUUUGGUCAAGAUUAUGAACACGGUGUGAAAAAAAUCUUAGUUUGCUGCGGAUUUUCAAAUGAGGUGCAUAACAUACAGUGCCAACUCGUUCCAAGUGGUCAUUGGCAGACCAUCAGCUGGACAUUGGCUUCCAGUUCUCAUCACUGUGCAUAACUCAAGUUCCCCUUGGGCUCCAUCUGUGCCCUUCACUACAAGUCCUGUUUUAGCAUGGCAACCACUGGAUUAUUUCAUUAAGUGUGCAGAUGGCAUGAUGUUCUAGAAAAAAAAAUACAAGAGUUCUGCAAUCUCAGUGGAAGGGUUCAAAAUAGUGUGCCCUGGUAGGAAUGUAAACAUGUCUAGAUUAUGUUAGUGAUAAUGUCCAAAGGUGUUCUCUCCAACGCUGCAGCACUUUAUAUAAGAACACUACACUGAGAUAAAAUAGCACAUUUGAUACAUGUAGGACAAGUGUUUUCUCUUUUCUUUUUAAGUCUUGUCUUAUUUCUGGCUCAGACUGUCCAAAACCAACUCUGCUCCUAAUAUCCUCACAGUUGUUUGUGGUAGCUCAGUGUAAAUAUGGCCACAAUACUGUUAGACUUCACCUGUUGACACUUAACUGGAUACCUGGAUUACUUAUAGCACAAAGGGAAGUAGACCCAAGUCUGGUGACUGGGAUAUUUGACGUCUUGGUUCUUUGUACCUAGGCACAACUUAACACAUCACAUAAGGACACUCCAUACAGGAUGCUUCUCUUCGGCUGAUGUAUACAUACCCUUGUCCCAUAGAGGAGAUCUUCCAAACACAAAAGAGGAUGGCCUUCAUUCCAUCAAAGACCAUUGUGGAUUGCUGCCAAGGGCAGCAGGACGCAAUCUUCCUUAGUGGUUCCACUUCCACACUUAGGAAAUCUUCCCAAGGUCAAGUUUAAGUCACAGAUCUGGAGAGAAGCCACAAAUGACCUCCACUGUGUGCCAAGAGAAGUAACACCUUCAGCCCACACAAGGUUUCUCCCUCAGCAUGGAAAUUAGUCUUCCUUUUAAUACCUCCUUGAAUGUAUAUAUGACUUAUUUUUUAUUUUAAUUCUAAAAACAAAGCACAGUCCCGGGAAAACGGUCCAUUCAGUGAUGGUUUACCUGAACACGAGAGAAGUGUUCAUUCCUAUGGAUUGCCCCCUGUGAUACAUUAACAUGUUACCCCAGAAAUAGAAACUUGGCUGAAUCAAAAACUCUGCAAAGUAUAUUAUGAGCACUUCUUAACCUAACUCCAGACCAACAGGAAUCAAAGACUAAUCUUUAAAAUAGAUGUAACAAUCUGAAACCCUCCCAUAAGCAAACAAGACAUGCCGUGUUGUCUCCAAACAUCCUUUUCCUGUCUCCACUUGUUCCAAUUCAAGAAGUGGAGAGGGCUAAGUGUGAUACACAGAGGGUGUCUCUCUACAGCAUGGCUCCUGUCAGGAUGUGGGCUAGAGAAGGGACUCCUAAUAGGGAAGUCAGAGAAAUGAUUGUUACCAUGAGAUCUGAACUUUUUAGCACCAGAUCACCAUCAGAACUAUCUAAACCACCACGGACCAUAAUUCUCCAAGAAGCUGGGAUUGAUAAUCCAAACUCAAGCUGCCAACAUUCCAUUCCUAUGACCCAUCCAUUUUCCUUAGUUACCACAGCAGGGUUUUUGUGCCCUCCAUUCCUUCUUUUCAUUCAGCAGGCAUCUGUUGAGGGACCCAACCAUGUACCAAGAACUGUACUGGGUCCACUCUGGUAUAUAAGGCAUAUUCUUACUACUUCUAUUGAAUCAUUUCUUUUUUCUCAAGGACUCCGUUCUUUUCCCAUAGUGCAAACUGAAUUGAGACACCCACACUCAUCCCCUCCACCUUGCCACAGAAACAUAGAAAAAUGUUCAUGGCAGACAGCAGUUGGAUCUCUUACCUGAAUGAUUGGGCAGCUUCAUAGCACAUAUAGAAUCUUGCUAAAUGGCCAGCUAAGUUGAUUAGAGCUUCUCUCAGCAGCUCUUAGAUGUUUUCCUUGAUACCCACCCCAGCCCCUAUACUUCCAUUCUUUCUGUAGACACUACUAUUUAUCACUAUGCUGGAUUUUCUGAAAUGCCAAUUCCAUAACUACUCCUAAAGGCCCAGAAUUGGUUCUAAUGAAUCCUAUAAAUCCUGCCAGGUGCUGAGAUAUUAUAGCUGGGAAUUACCUGGUAUAGUCAGUGAUAAUCUGAGACUCCUGCUAACACCCUUGGAAAACUGGACUCACAUUAUAGUGCAGAUGUCCACUAAAUGAUCAUGGGCUAUUGCUGUUUUGCCUUUUGCAAAAUAAUCUGAACAAUUAAAAAAGAGUUGCCUCCUUUUUUCCUAAGUCAGAGGAAUACCCAUUAUCGGAAGAUAAUGGGUAAAGAUGAAAAUGGGAAAACGCAAAAUGAAGGUCCUUAAAGAGCCCAGUCGAAAAUGGUGUCUCUAAAUAUGCCUUAACGCUUGGCACAACCUACAUUUUUGCAUAUGAGCCCGUACUGUUUUCCAAACUGUCGACCUCUGAAAUCAUUAUAGGUUAGGAAACAUGGUGGUACAAAAAUCUGUGCAUGCCCUAGCAAAACUAGAAAAAAAAAUGAAGAAAUGAUUUUAUUCACAGCCUUCAGCUUCCUUGUUGUAUGGAGAUGCUUUGUGGGAUUGUCCCAUGGUUCCUUCUUGCUGUGCUGAGUGUGUUGGGGUUGGGGGGUGAGGGUGAAAUUUUAUCUUCCAGAAAUUCAGACCUAUCUAUGAUGAGUUUUGUUUCAUAGGACAGACAUAUAGGGAGGUAAGGGGUAAAUUCUUUGAUAUCUAAAGACUGUAAAUCAUUGAGGGUUAAUUUUUCCUUUUACUUAAACAUGUGCUGCCCCUUUUACGAAAAGGCUGACACUCACAACUAUACAGGAAAGGCAUUUGGGGUAUGAACUGAAAUGAACAAUUACCAGGCUCUUCAGGGUGCUGAGGGGAUUAGCUCGUUUCAGAUCCAGAACUGAAUUUAAAUAUGCAGAGCAAAUCAUGCCAGUAGCUUGGGACUUGCCUUGGGAGCAAUAGGGACCCUAUCAACUUUCUUAAUGGGACGCAUCUUACCUUUAAAUCCCCACCAUAGCUCCUUGACAUGUAUAGCCACCACUUUGAUUUCUACCUCCACCACACUGGUAAACAAGCCAGGUUCUCUCCAGAGUCAUUCUGCAAUUGCCCAAACAGAGGCAAUACAGUCCUCAGUAUUGAGGGAAAACAUUCCAUUUUUAACAUGGGGGGGGGGGCGGGGAGGGGAUCAAGGAUGCCUGUGAAUAGAAAGUAAGAUAGAAACCUCUACCAGAUCCACCCCACACACCCUAAAUGCUUUCUUUGUCUACGAAUGCCACAUAAUUAGUUUUGGAUAGCAACAAUAAAAGUCUCAAGGAAGUAAAGUUUUCAAGACACCCCUAACACUUUUUUUUAAAUCAAAACCUCUUCCCCACACAUUAGCAGCUUUUUUGCGAUGUUUUCUUCCCUGUUCUUUAGAGUAAUUUUUGCAACUUGACAACUAGACUUAAAGCUGCCAUAGACUUAAAAUUCUAAUCUUUGAAAGUGACAAAAAUUCCUUUAUUCUUUAAAGGCUGAUUCUAUUCAUCACGUCUCCCACGGCCCCCUCCAUCCCACUUUCUGCUUUAUGUGUGUGUGUGUGUGUGUUUUUUUUCCUUCUCAUCUCCUUCUCCUCACAUAAUGCUGUAAGUAUAUUUCAAGCAUUCUAUAAAGAACUCAAACAGAAGCACAUAGUCCUCACCAUCACCCACGCCCUGACUAUUAAUCCAGUCUUAAGGUUGACCUUUAUGCCACCCAAGCAGUAGUGGGCCCCCAUUUUGAUCUCCAGAAAGUCACUGGUCCAUGCGGAUCAUUAAAACAAUGUCAGUGGAAUUAGAGAGGAGGACGGCCAGGGGAUAGCUCUACUGGAGCACAGCUGAGUACUCUAUUUCAAAGACAAGCAAGCCUCUUCCUCAAUCUCCUUAGAUCUGGGUCUAAUCCUGGAGCCAGUGAAAGGUCCUGUGAGCUCUGGUUUAUCACUAGACAGAAUUCCUAGCAGCUUCAAGAUAAAAGAAGGCUGAUUCCGUUGCUUUCCUCCAGGGAUGAUUGUUAGCUGGAGUACAGAAUACUUCUGAAAGCUCCUGCCAAGGGAAACAGGGACCAAGUGUGCCACCUUUGUGACACUGACUAAAGUGAUGGACACCUCUGUCCAUCACUGUAGCUUCAGAGGCAAAAUCCUGGGUAAGGAUGUGGGAAGGGACACACUAUUUCCAAACUCUAAAGUGUGUAGGAUGAAAUCUAGGUGACAAAAUGAAAAACUGAGAGACCAUCAGGCUGUCCCUGCUUCCCAUCAAAUGACCAAGAAAUGACUUCUACAGAACAGUGGAACCUGAUCAUGCAAGGUUUUAUAAAGAAGACAUUUCAUUGACCAGAUAAGGUGGCUUAAGAACCUUAAGCACAUCAAAACCCCCUCCUAAUUAUUUCAAGCACUAAAGGACACUACAAAUCUGCACUGACUACCGUUUAAAAGUCACUGGUAACAGGACUUAUGCCAAAUCACAAUUCAACUGACACAAUGAUGCCAAAUGUUGGUCUUUUGAUAUUCUUUUUGAUCAUAUAAAGGUUUUCAAAUUUUGGAAAUGUUAUUUGGAAAUUUGGCUCAAUCGAUUGUUUUAUUGUUGUUAAGGUUUCAAAACCUUAGAACUUUCUAGUAGCCUUAGAAGGGAUCUUAGAAGUGGACCUUUCUGCCUAAACUGUCUAAUGUUUGUAUUUCAUAUCAGCUCAAAUCCUCAGAAAUCCAUUGAGCUGGGCAGUGGUGAUAAAUCACAUGUUUUAAUCCCAGCACUCAGGAGGCAGAGGUAGAUGGAUCUUUGAGGCCAGCCUAAUCUACAAAGCAAGGUCCAGAACAGCCAGGCCUUGAGAAACCGUCUGGAAAAAUCAAGAUGGGUCAGGGAGGAGAUACUAAUGCCCCUUGUUCACUCUCUUUUAGGAUUCGAUCAUUUGGGUCAAAGGAAAUAAAGAAUUAAAUCACAGUUUUGGAAUAGUAGCAUAGACAUAACUAUCAAAGGUAGAACUCAAGUUCUGAUUGGUUUGAAGGAACACACAAAUCCGUUUGGUGGAGUUGGAUUGAAUCACUACCACCCUUCUCAAGUUCUAUGAAAAUACUUUAUGCUGAAACAAAAAUUCUUAUUACAAUAGAUCAUUAUUUCACUUGGGAAGGAGAAAUUAAUUUUGCCUCUAAUUCAAUACCUCUGCACUUUCGAAGUUGCUUCUGUUCCACCCACAAACUGAGCAUGUUCUAUGGCCUUCUCCUUAGAAGUGACCCCAGCUUCUAAAAUAAUACAAAGGGAAACAGGAACCAAGUGUUUGGCUUGAAGAUUGUUGAAUUAAAUAUUCAUCUAUAACAAUCCAACUACAUUGGAAACUGACCACAGACUCACGAAGCUUUGGGCAAUUUCCAUGUCUGAAUCCCAUACAUCUACUCCAAGAUAAGCCUGUGUUUCCUCACAUAAGAGUUACAGGAGUGAGGUGUGUGCCAGUUCUUCUACAUGUUAAAAAUGCCUCUGUUGGAGCUAGGAGCAUAAUUAAUUUGCGAGUGUUUCCACAGCAUGCACAAAGCCCUAAGUUGGAUCCCCAGCAUCACAUAAACUGGUAGAGUGGUACAUGCUUCACGUGCCAGCAGUUGAGAGAGAGGCAAGGGAGAACCAAGAGUUCAAGGUCAUCCAGGACUGCAUAGCAAUUUUGAGGCUAAUCUGUACUACAUGAGAUCCUGUCUCAAAAAAAUAAAAAUUAAUUAGUUAAAAAGACCCCUGGUUACUGGUGGAAACCUUGAAGGUCAUGUUAGUUGCUGCUGGUGGCUAUUUAUGUUCCGAUUUCUAGAGCCUUGUCUUUAACUUUCUUUGAUUGGUUGGUUGGUUGGUUAUUUUUGAAACAGUGCUGGGAAUUUAAUCCAGGGCUCUGCCAUGCUAGACAAGUUUUCUUCUACCCAUGAGUCACAGCCUCAAGCCAUCUCUUGCAUGCUUCUCCCACUCCUACCUCAGAUCACUAGCAACUGAAGCCUUAGCUUCUGCAAGGGUUUUUACCCCCCACGGGGGAAGUAGGACUUCUGCUUGCUUGCACUGGCACGGGGCAAUGGAGGGGCUCUGCAUAGUUUAUCUGCUUCCACCUUUCCUCUCCCAGCCAGAGAGCACUGUGUUAAGAAGAUAAUGCUGGAGGAGGCUGGUACUCAGCUAGUAAAAGAAAUUCACAUUGCAGAGAACUGAAUAAGACCGCCCUUUCAUUUGCAGUGUGCAUCUCAGUGGUGACUAGAGCAGAAGAAACCAGUCUGCUGAAAAACCAAGGCAGCUCCAAUGUUCUGAAACUAAUUCUACCGAAACUCUUGCACCACUGAAUCACACUACUGUAGUUCUAGUUAAUCCGGCUACUUAAUAUUAUUAGGCGCUAAGUUAAAUAGCUUUACAAGAAAUUUUAGAAAAGAUCAAUAUCUAACAAAAUUACAGAUUAGCAGUAAAAAGCAUCUGAGAAAAGAAACUAUCGAUCUGUUGUGGUUUAUAUACUUAAGUUAUUCUUGGGACUUUGUAGAGAUUGGCACUUCACUGAUAAAGGGGAAGAAACUGUUCUGAAUUCAAGAAUGGUGGACUAAUAGCAAUUGCCCAGGCAAUCUGGGAUGCUUUCUGUCCAUCAGCAGACAGGGUUGUUUGAGGAGUAGAAAGGGCUAAUAGGGAAAGUUGUUUCAUAUCACAUAUCUGUGUAUAAUUGUCAAGGCAAACUGGGUAUGGACCUUGUUAAUGAUACCAUUCCUCAUUUUUGGCUUUUUCUUCAAUACUCUUAAUAUCAAUCCUAUACUCUGGGAUUAAAAGAGGAAAAGAAAGAAUGAAUAGAAACUAAAACAUGGUAUUUUAUAUGUGUGUGUGUAUGUCUGAACACACAUACACAUGAAUAGCUGUACACUCAUGCACACACACACACACACACACACACACACACACACAAUUUUUUCAAAGAUAUGGCAAAUAGCCUGAAGAGCCUUUAGAGACAGUAUCCACUUGUCCCCAUUCCCCCUCUCCAAGGUUCAGAGAACAAUGACCUACUCAGAGAUUGGUACAGGCAAAGACUACCAACCUGCAGAUUGAGCAAGGCCACAGAACAUGUGCCUUAGCAUGCAAGAAUUACAUAAGCAUGGUAGAUUUAUUUUUUAAACAGGAGCUAUAGCAUGUUAGUAUUUGUUCUGGGAAAGAAAGAAGAAAAAAAUCAUAUGGUAUGAAUUAAACAGAGAGGCUAAGGGGGCUGUUCAUUGGUGGAAUGCUUGCCUAACACACAUAGGGACCCCAAGCUUCAGUCUCCAGCACUACAAUAAUAAAAUGAAGAAAAACAUCCCACCCUAAAGAAUAACACAUUCUGAGGGAAGAAAUGUGAGGUUUUUUUUAAAAUGUUCAUUCUUUGACCAACAGUGACUAAAAAGCACAUUUUAUAACAUAAUAGUCUAUGGAGAUUGUAGACAUUAUAGCAUCCUUAAGUACAUCAUUAAAGAAACAGUCUUAACUGUGUUGGUCUCCCAAGGCUUUUUCAUUAAAUAGGAAUUCCCUUAUCCACUACCCACAAUUGUUCUGCUGUGCUUUUCUUCUUCCUUUUCUUUUCUUAUCUUUUCUUUUCUUUCCUUUCCUUUCCUUUCCUUUCCUUUCCUUUCCUUUCCUUUCCUUUCCUUUUCUUUUCCUUUCCUUUCUUUUCUUUUCUUUUCUUUUCUUUCUUUUUCUGACUUGUUCCUUUCUUUCUUCAUUUAUUUAUUUACUUAUUUUUUCUCCAGAAAGGGUCCCAGGCCCAGACUUAGAAAGACACAACAACAACAACUUUCUGUGGCGAAAGCAAGAGUGCCUUUUCCGUUGGAUGUCCACAUUGCUCCCGGGCUCCACGGUUUCGGAUGUUUAGAAACCUUUCUUCUCUAAACAUAAGACUUAUUGUGCACUACAAUUUUGAGCCACCAACUUAUGUAUCUUGAGCAGCUACCAACUUGCCAACUCCCUUUGGGUCUCCUUUAUAUUUUCUUAGAAUAUUUCUUUCUAUUUUGGGUUUUCUUCAAGAAGACUGGGAAGGGGCAUGAUUCUUUUUCAAUUGAUAAGAGUAAAACUGUACAGAUUUCUGCCCACUUGUAUCCUUAAGCAUGAUCUCUAUCAGGCUUGAAAAUCAGCUUUAUCAUUUUGUAUAUUUGACUAUUUUGUAUUCGGCAUUAUUCUCUUCCUUAUAUGCAUGGCAAUGUAUUAAAAUGUGGGAUUUCUA